CACAGCUCUCACACCUUCCCUGCAAGGUUGAAGGCAGGCAAGGGCCAGUUCUGUUUUAAACGCACCACGGCGCGCUUCUGUAACCGCUUUCAGGACAUUUCCAAGGAUGUUAAAAUGCCAAAAUGUCUGUUUUCAAAGACUCGUUUCUAUAAAAUUAAAGAUAUGUGGAAAACUGUGAAGCAUCCCAGAAGAAUUGGUAUCGUUCAUAAUCAAAGCGUGAGUAAGAAGGACUUCCAGUUCUUCAUUGGAGAACGAAUAAAUGAUGACACAUAUCCUUCAAAACUCAGUUGGCAGACUGCUCAUAAACUCGAACCGACUCUGGAAACAAUGCUACAUAAUAAAAAAUAUUUAGCGGCAUUCCGCAGCUUCCUAAGGACUGAAUUUAGUGAAGAAAACAUUGAUUUCUGGUUCGCAUGUGAAGAUUUCAAGUCAACUGCUUCACCGGAAGACCGUAACUGGAAAGCACAGGAGAUCUACCAGGAGUUCAUCCAGCCUGCGGCCCCUCGAGAGAUCAAUGUUGAUCACCACAUUAAAGAGGAGAUCAAGAGGUCUUUGGCGAAGCCGAGCCUCUCCUGCUUCGAUGAGGCCCAGAAACAUGUUUACUUGUUGAUGGAAAGAGAUUCUUACCCCAGAUUCCUCCACUCGGAUGCCUACCUGAGUCUGAAGUACAAAUCCAAGACUCGUUGGUACAUUUAAGUAUCAAAACAGCUUCUCUAAUCUCAACACUCAGAAGUUUGCAUCAAUUGUACGGGAGUAUCUCUUUAUUAAAGAUAAAGUUUUCAAGAACAUCAAGCGGGAAAAAGAUAAAGGUAGUGUCGGCGGGGGGAAAAGGUAUGUGUACGUAGGGAGGAAAGAAUACUGUUGAUAUUUCAGUAUUUUAAUUGAUUUGAGCAAGUUUUCAGUUGUUUGAAAUGUGGUGUUGACGAAAAGUCUUGAGUUAAGGUGCAGAAUAGUAUGAUACAUGCUAAAUAAAUGGUUUCUGAUAUGUUGAAUGAAAAUUACCUGUUUUUUUUAUGCGCACUUUACAAAGUCAUGACUUCUUCAGCAUCUUUUAAAACAUGUUAUUCGAGGAGUAGUUCUCACUCGACAUUCAUAAUCAUUCUUACUAUUACUAUUCCAUUCUAUCGGGAGUUUGAUACAAAGAUUUAUAGUCAUCCUACUAUCUAAGUGGACCGGGUACAGGAAUGCCAAGGACAUAAAAAAGAACAGUUUCCACAGCUUACCCAGCAAGGAGAUUCGUUCUUUGGUCACGUGCCUGUAAUAUCCUUUAAUUAGGGUCACAGAUGAUUCAACACACCAGCAAAAGGGGUUUACCAAACUGGAAAAAAGUAACCUCGCGGUAACCCUUGAUCUCACUCUGUUCUGUAAAUGGCCUUAUUCUUAAAAAUUGUGCCUUAAAAAGGAGUACUGAGGCAGCUAAUAAUAACCCAGGAGGGCUUAAACGACAACACUGGAGUCAUCAGACAACCUGAUGCGUAACAGAUCAGGAUGAAUGUGUUGCCUUGUUAGGGGAAUAACCUCAUCGCCCGCGGACAAUGAGGGCAGAGAAACAAGGUGCUUUACUUUGAGAAACGAGGAGUAGACUAGAUCUUGUCAGAUAUUGUUCAAAUAAAAGUGGAGACAAUAA